GACUCGGAGCUAUGCUGCCAGAAUGACCGGCAUGGAUGAUAUUGACAAUUCUUUGACUGCGCAGAUGACAGAUGUCGAGAAACACUUGUUACAGAGUCAGGCUGUUUUGAAAGUCAGAGGAAAGAGAGGAAGACCAGUUCCAGUAAUUAUUCCCUCUGAUGCCAAGCUCCCUCUUGACUUCAUCGCAACCAAAGAGAGACGCAAUGAAGCAGGAAUAAAUCCAGACAAUCCGUACCUCUUUCCAAAUUCAGCCUUUUCAUAUGCAAGAGGAUACAGUUCUCUGAAAACAGUGUGUUCAGAAUGUUCAUUGGCUGCCCCUGAAAGAAUAACCAGUGUGACCAUGAGGAAAUACACAGCAACAUUAUCUCAGAUGAUGAACUUAACAAACAACCAACUUGAUUGGGUAUGUAAACACCUUGGUCAUACCCAAGGUGUACACAAGACAGCAUACCAACAGAUGUCGGAUGUUAUUGAAAAGGUCUACAUCAGCAAGCUGAUGCUCAUUCAAGACCUAAACCUUACUAACAAAUACCAGGGAAAGGACCUGGAAAACGUUGAUAUUAGAGAUAUAGUGUAUGCAAAUGAGGCUGCUGAUGAGGAUGUUGAUGAGGAUAUAGCUGAUGGAGCAAGAGCUCAUGUUCAUGACGAUGUGCAAAUUUCUGCAGAUGAAGAUGAAAUCAAUAACUUAUCAGGCGAUGAGUCACAGAGUGAAAAAUCCUCUGAUGAAGAACCCCAGCCAGCAGAAAAACGAAAAAAAACUGCAUUUCACAGGAAGCGCUGGACACCUAAGGAGGAAGAAGAGAUCCAUCUCUAUUUCAAAUCUUACAUUCAAUCAGGAACUACCCCGAGAAGGGAUGCAUGUGAGAAGGGCAAACUUAAAAGCAAAAAGCACAAUGGUGAACUCUACAAGCGGGAAAAUCAUCUUAUUAUUAAAAAAAUAAGUGCUAUGAAUCAUGCUAAAAAAAGGAAAGUUUCCACAUGAUAUCAUAGUGUAAUGGUACUGCACUUGUGUGUGUAGAUUUUUUAUUUAUCCGUUAGAAGCAAGGUUUUCUGGAUGAUGGCCUUAAUAACUGCUCAUUAUAUUUGGACUAUUUGCUCAUGUUGGAUUGGAGUUGAUAGGACUUGCCUUUCUGUAAAGAACUAGCCUUAAACGAUGGACUCAACUCUUGCCAUAUUUUGACAAAAUAUGGUAUCACAAAUUGGUUGUUUUACUUUUUCAAUAUUAUAAUACUAGUCACUCAUGUUUGGUAAGAACACUGUCAUAAUGGACAUUUUUGUGCUGAGGUUUUGUACUUGUGUCUAUAUUUAAUGCUACAAACACAAAAUUUCACAUACAGAAUUUCUCUUACACUUUACUAUUAAUUGGGCUUCAUUUAGCUAUUUUGAAGUUUUCAUGUAUUCAAGCUGUCAUAACCAAACAUGGAACAUUUUUUGUAUGGUCAUCCAGACACAAAUAAAUUCAGAUUCUGAAUUUAACCUCAAGUUUACUGUGAUUGGGCUGAAUUGUUGUUGAGCUUUAUUUCCAUCAAAGUAUUUAAGCUGUCAUAGCCCAACUUUAAUUAUGCUUAAAUGUGUAUAUGGUCAUCCUAAACACACAUUUCAGAUUCUAUUGAUUAAUUUUGUUAUGUUGAAGUUUUCCACUUACUUUGUUGUUGAGCUUUAUUUCUUAAAGCAAACCUGAGUUAAAUUUAGGUAUGGCCUUUCCAUCAACAGAAUUUCAUUUGUGGUUUAACUGAAAUGCUUGGUGAACCAAACUUGAAUCAAACAUGUUAAUACAGUCAGCAAAUCUUGGAUCUCUAGGCAGAUUUGGGGAUUUCUGAAAUGGAACAUCAUGAAGUUAUAUCUUUUUGGAUAAAAAAAAACCCGAUAGAUUUGGGAGAUUUUGAGAAAUAAAUGUAUAUUGAAAUUUUGGUCUUUUGAUUAAGAUAAAAAUUCAUUAAUACAACAUGUUUUCUCAUCGUUAUGAUAUAGAGAAUGGACAUAUAAAUAUGUGUUAAUUCUUGUGUUGAUUAUACGACUAUAUUCUAGACAAAAUGUAGGCAAGUUUGUGUAUUUGUCAUUUUGAUGAUGACACUAUAAAUUCAAGAUGGAAGAAAGCAUCUGUUUGGUGUUAUGCAUCAUUGUUUCAGUUUUUCUUCUCGUUUUAAUUGCUUUGGCACUUGCAAUUUAUAUUACUAUUGUGAGGGUUUCAAAUAACUGGACUAGAAUGUUUUUGUCCUGGAAUAUAGACAGAAAUUUAAACUAGGUGAGUAUUAUAUGGUUAUUGUCCGUUUUGUCCAUUAUUGUUGUAUAUAUCCACAUUGAGAGUCUAAUUGGUGACAGGAAGUCAUGAAUGUCACAUGAUUCUGGCUGUAUACAUCAUAACCUAGCUGUAGUUUUUUCAUGUGGACAAAAUGGAGGAAAGUUUGGUGUAUUUGUCAUUUUGAUGAUGACAUUGUGACUUAGUAGUAACACAAGCAAUCGGUAUAUGAGUUUUCUCAUAGGAAAAUUGAACUUCUCUGUCAACACUUGUACAGUAACAUUAGUUUUGUUUUAAAUGUUGGGCAAUAUUUGGAAUGUUUGAGGUUUUCUUUGCUUCCUGUUUCUACUUCAGGCUUAUUCUUUCGUAUAUUCUUCAGGUGAAGGAUAUUAACUGUGUUAUUGUCACUCCGAGGGAAGGAAGAGAAUGUUUCGGUCUGAAAUUUUAUUGCAUUGAACACGCUGAAAGAGUUACUACCUAUUGCUGUUUGCACCAAAUUCCUUUCAGCUGUGAUUAGGUUUACAUCAUUAAACAUACCAAGAAAGUAAAUAUUGGUAAGCAGCUGGGAAAUAUUUUAUUUGUGGUGACCUUUUUUUGGAUUCAUGUAAUGAUGAAUGCUGACGGUUAUUCUAAUAAUAUCCCAUGUGGUCUUUUGCUCUUUCAUUCUGAUAUUCAGUAUGCAGAAGCAUGUGCCUUUUGUUCUGACUUUGACAUAGAUGUUUUGGAGUUGUUCAUAAAUGGUUCAAACUGUUUGAUAUUUUUCUCUCCUGGAGAACUUUUUGCGUGUAUUUUCUUCUGUGAUCUUCAUAAUUUCACUUUCACAAAAUAUAUUUCAUGAAAUGAGGCAAGGUAUAUAUACAAAGUUCCAGUUAGGAAUAUAAAAAAAAAGUGACAUUUUAUCAAUGCAAUUGAGAUGCAUUGAAGCUUUUUGCACCAAAUCCUUUCAAAUGUGGUAAGGCUAACAUUACAGCAAAUUGGUUUUAUACUUCUGCUUUAUGUUUGUCAAUUUGUGGUUAACAUUCAAGUAACAGUUUUGGAUGCAAUUUUUUUAUACCAGGUAGACUUGCUGCUUCAUUAGGUUUGCUACUAAAGAUCACUUAAUUUUUGCAUGUGUAUAAUUUCGGAAAAGGUAAAGCAUUGUCCUAUUUGGGAGACAUAAUUUUGCAGGUACUAUACUUCAGCAAAAUUGUAUUCCCAAGGAAUUUGAAGUCACGAAUGAUUCUGCUACAGAAUUAACGCAAAAUAUAAUCCCAUGCAAAAAAUAAGUAAUUUACAGUAUAUUAAAAUCAAAGUUGUACAGUAAUUCAACUGCACAUCUUUUGUGCAUGUUUUGUUGAUAUAUUGCUGUUUUAAUACAACCUUUUGAAUCUGUUUUCCUUGUAAACAUGGUUGCAAGGUGGGUUUCAUAUAUGUAUUGAGUUUGACAUUAGAAAGAACAAGUACAGCUUUUAAUUAUGUUUUAACUACAUUUUAUGUGUAGAAAGCUUUAAAAAAGCGUUGUUCUAUUGUUGAUAAAGCAUGAAAAUGGUAAAGAAUGUAAAGGACUGGUCACACAUUGUAGUGGAAGCUGGCAAAAAUUUUGCAAUAUGAAGCAUCAUGUUAUGAUGUACGCUACAGAUGAGGUUUUAUGUAGGAUGUGUACAAUAUAAAUGGCAUUUAAUGUAUAUAUUCUAUACUCUGAAUGUUAAAUUCUUUUAAAAUUGUGGUAGCUAUUGAAAUCUAGGUAUGGCUUAUAUUUCAUGACAUACUUUUAAAUUGUUCACAAUAGUUGACUUAAAGUUGAACUAAGGUUGUCAAACCACCCAGAUUUCACUUACUGGUUGAUCAAGAGUUAUUUGUAAUUGUAAAAGACUGUGUAAUUGGUUAGACAGACUGAAGUAAAUUAUUUCAAAGGAAUAAUGUAGGUAAAAAUGAUUCAAUACAGCCAUUGAGUAAUUAUUUCACCAACUGGUGAAAAGACCUAUUGUUUUUGUUAUGUUUCUUAUUCUGCUUCUUAUUAUUUUUCUUCCAAAUUUUGUCUGUUCCAAAUCUUUUAAACGGUAAACUAUAGGAAUAAAAUCUUUUUAGCAUAUUGUUAGCACAUAUCACUUUAAAAUCUGCACAGGAUUUUUAUGGUGCUGGUAGCAACUCUCUCUUAAUGGCUGCUAACGAGAAAGUCUGGACACCAUUUUUCUUGCAAAAUUACAGUAUCAUAGAUUGGUUUUAUUGAUAGAUAGUUUGUAGGUUUAAGCCAGGUACUCAGUUCUUUACUAUGAAUUGCUUUUUGGUCUUCCAACUAAAUAAACAUACAUGGUUGUAUCAAUGAUAUGUUUACAUGUGUAUGUAUCCAGAAUGUUCAUCAAGUCUCAAAGGUAACUGAUGCAUCACAUUACAAAUAGCAGCCCCCAGUCCUCAUUAAAUAAUUGAAAUGAAUUGUUAAAAUUUGUGUACUUAGAUAUUGUGUGAAAUGAGUUUUCAUACAUUAAAAUGUUGUAUUUUGA